AUGGCUCGGAUUAUAAGUGUUGUUUUACUUUGCGCGUGUUUGGCAGCUGCUGAUCAGGAGGAAAUCGAAGGUGGAAAAUGCGAGAGAAUCAAACUUUCACAAUGUCAAGAUUUGGGCUACAAUUGGACAGCAAUGCCUAAUCUAAUGGGUCACAGAGACCAAAAGGAAGCUGAGGAAGCGAUGGAAAAGUUUGCAAGCAUCGUCGCAAGUGAGUGCUCCAUUCACGCGAGGUUCUUUCUCUGCUCUGCCUUCGCCCCGCUUUGCUCCGAGCAAGUGUCCGGCUCCGUGAGCGCCUGUCGGGCCCUCUGCGAGACAGUGGCUGAAGAUUGCAAGGAGCAAAUCAAACUUCUAGUGCCGGCAGUCACACUCGACUGCGCGGUAUUUCCGGAUAGCGCCGUCAGAAAAUUGUGCAUGAGACCGCCAAACGCCAGUGAGUUAUACACCGAACCCCAGCCACCUUCCCGAUGGCCAUUCCAUGACCAUGAACUUAGAGAGCAUGGCUGUCCUCCCGCGUAUACACGAGCGCCGACGGGAGAGUGUUGGCCCGCGUGUGGACAACACGCCAGAUACACGCAAGCCGAUAAAAAGUCUGCGGAGAUCUGGAUGAAUACGAUUGCUUGGUUUUCAUUAGUUUCGACAUCUUUCGCGCUGCUGACCUUUUGCGCCGAGCCCUCAAGAUAUCGAUAUCCAGAAAGGCCGGUGGUGUGGAUGGCUGCGUGUCACGCUAUCGUUGCAAUGGCACACGUUACUAGGAGCUGGUUGGGACCAAAAGCGGUGUCCUGCUCUGGUGGUACGCUGGCUGUUGACGGACUGGCUUCACCAACUUGUGUGGCUUUCUUCUCAUUGACGUACUACUUCACGUUAGCGGCCGACGCGUGGUUUGCUAACGCGUGCGUCGCUUGGUACCUGACCGCAGCGAGUGAAUGGUCCACUGAGGCGUUGGAGCGUGCUGCGGCGUACCUCCACGCGGUGGCGUGGGGCUGGGCGGGAGCGUGGACUGCGGCCGCCUUAGCCCUGAGAAGAGUUACAGCUGACGAAUUGAUCGGAACGUGUGGGAUUUCGGAUGCGGCCGCCGCAGCGCUCAUCGGUGUGCCCAGGGGCGCAUUACUUGUUACAUCCGUGGCGUUGGCGGUUGGAGCGUGUCCGGGCAUAAUGCGGGUGCGUCGAGCGCUCGACUCUCGAGGCGCCAAGAGAGUGGGACGACUAGCAGUCCGUGCGGCUGCAGGCGGCUUUCUGUACUUGCUCCUAGCGGCCUUUGCGACUGGUUUGAAGUUGUUGGAAGCGCGAACUAGAGAAAUUCAGACUAACAUAGCCCUAUUAGCGGCUUUAGAAGCUGGCAACGUGGAGAACACGGCCGGUUCAAGCGGGCUAUCGGUGUGUCUGUGGUUAUCGUGUGGGAUCGCGGCGGGGGCAUGGGCUUGGUCGAAGAAGUCGGCUGUGGUUUGGAGGAAAGCGCUGUGUCCGCCGAGGAAGGCGCCGUGCUGCGCGCCCCCCUUGCUGCGACCGCAUCACCCUUACUAUAAGCGCCCUCUGCACGUCUCAAGAGUCUGA